AUGGAACAAAAUAUCAAGAAACAGCAACUUGAAGGAAAGAAUGUUACUUUCUCUACCGUUAUGUUAUUAAGGCUUCGACGAGCUGCUGCAGAAAAAAAGUUCGACGUGCAAGUGAACUGCGUAUCCGAGUACCUCGCCUCGCUGGCUUUAGUCGGACCAAACAGCAGAAAGGAGAUGUUGACAUCGGGCUCUGCGGCUUCAUUAGCAGCUUUGUCGAAUCGCUCAGUCCAUGGAAGCGAUGGGGAAGCAGACGCUAAUGAGGUUGAAUCAGUUGUGAGCAGUCGCGUCGCUGUAGACGACUCAAUCUUCACGUUCGGUUCUGGUUCCACUACUCCUCCUUUGAAUAAGUUACAGGUAUUGCACUUGUUACAAUUAUAA